UUGGCAUAUUUUAAACACAAAGGAUCUGGGUAAUGACAACGACAACACACAUCCCUACAAGGAAUGCAAACGGGUCUUGAUAUCACAGUGUCUGGCGCAGGGUUGCACUAAUUAAACUACAGUUUGCCCGCUCUAGAGCCUUACAAUUUACAAAGCUGCACCUCAAAGCCGUGUGGAGGGUUCUGCCGGGAGACUCCUCGGCGGGGCCAUUGACAGCUGCGGAGAUCGGAGCAGGACCGGCGCCGCUCCAGUUGCAUCUGACGCAGUUUUCAUCCUUCUGUAAGCUGUCACCAUGACCCUGACAAAAGGUUCCUUCACCUACUCCAGUGGGGAGGAGUAUCAUGGCGAGUGGAAGGAGGGCCGCAGACAUGGUUUUGGUCAACUGAUGUUUGCAGAUGGUGGCACCUACCUGGGUCAUUUUGAGAAUGGGCUCUUCUGUGGCUUUGGGGUACUGACCUUCUCAGAUGGCUCAAGGUAUGAGGGGGAGUUUGCCCAGGGCAAGUUCAAUGGCGUCGGAGUCUUCAUUCGACACGACAACAUGACCUUUGAGGGGGAAUUUAAAAAUGGCAGAGUAGAUGGCUUUGGCCUGCUGACGUUCCCCGACGGGUCCCACGGGAUACCCCGCAACGAAGGCCUGUUCGAGAACAACAAGCUGCUGCGGCGGGAGAAGUGUUCCGCCGUCGUACAGCGAGCCCAGAGCGCCUCCAAGUCAGCCAGGAACCUCGCCGCCUGAUGGGCGCUUUGUGCACCAGCUGACAAGUACCGGGUAAAGCAGAUGCCCCGCUGUUCAGUCGAGGUGAACAAAUGAACCAGAUGUGAGAGGAGAUGGCAUGACCGUGUGCUGUGCCACAUCACCUGCCAGGCAGGGGUGCGACCACAGAGAAGUUCUGAGGACUAUGGCCCAGGCCCUGCAGAGUGGUUACCAGUUCUGUCUUUUCCUUGUCUCACUGUUGGUAUUCUCCGUCCCUAACACCCUGGGUUACCCAGUGCAGACCUGCGCUGCCUUGUACUUCCUUUUCUGCUAAGUGAUGCAGAAUCUCUUCAUUCUGCUUGUACUGGGGAGUGGAGGGGGUGAUCCAAAUAUAUCCCCCUGUGAAGGAUUAGGUAACAGUGCUAUUUCCCUUUCCCUGACUUUACAAGCUGUCUUGCUUACCUGAAUUCUAGCAGAUACUCCCUAUUUGUGCCUCUCUCCUUCAUUAGACAUGGGACAGGAUUCCUUUAUGGGAUAGUCAAGAAAGAGACUGAUGUAAGUGGUUAUUUUAUAACUUGUAUUUAUUACAUACUUCAGGGCAAAGGGCAGACCUCUCUGGGCCAUAUCAGGUCCUACCAUGGAGUGAACUGAAUCCUUAGAGCUGAUAUAGCUCCUUCCCAGUGGACCAAUAGUUUAGGUAGAGUUGGAGAACCCUGGUGAACUAACUGAGCAUUUGGCUGCUUGCAUUUGGUUCACUGUAACUCUUCCACCACAAGCCUUGGCCAUCAGGCCUGGGGAUCAGAUCUUGAUUGAUAGGGUCCCUACACAGUUCUUCACAGAGGCCUCCAGUUACCCUGUGACCCGAACACACCCCACCCCACCCCACUCCACCCCUUUAUCCUCACACUGAAUGUCUCCUCAAUAGCAGAUUAUGGUGGAAAUUAUAGCCGUGUGCCUCUAUUUAUUCUUUGAAUGGUACUGUAGAAACAGGUAUUUAUGAGGAAUAAAACUACCAGAACUGCCUAUA